AAUCCUACUCAAGUGGGAACUGCUCUUCAGGUUUUCCAUAACCUUGGGACUUUGAAGGAUACCAUUGCUAACGUAGUGGAUGGAUACUGCACAGUCCUGGAGGAGAACAUAAAGAAUGCUUUGGAUAUCCAAGUGUUGAGCCAACCAUCUCAGACUGCUACCAGAGGUGGCCCUGGUAGAGCUGCUAUGCCAACCCCUGGGAACACAGCAGCUUUUCGAGCAGCUCUCUGGACCAACAUGGAGAAACUCAUGGAUCAGAUCUGUGCUGCUUGUGGACAGGUGCAGCAUUUGCAGAAAGUGUUGGCAAAGAAGAGAGAUCCCGUGUCACAUGUCUGCUUCAUCGAGGAGAUAGUUAAGGAUGGCCAGGCUGAUAUUUUGUACAAAUUUUGGACUGCAGUAACUCAGACACUUUCCUCUCAGUUUCAGUCAGCAACAGACUCCUCUGUGUUUUUGAAACAAGCGUUUGAAGGAGAAUACCCAAAGUUACUGAGGCUUUACAAUGACUUGUGGAAACGUCUGCAACAAUAUAGCCAAAAUAUUCAGAGGAGUUUUAACACAAGUGGAACCACCGAUCUCUUUGCUGAGCUACAACAAAUGGAGGAAGAUGCACAGGACAUAUUCAUGCAAAAAAAUGAAGAUUAUGAUCCAGAAAAGGCCUUGAAAGAUUCACUGCAACAAUAUGAAGCUGCUUAUUUGUCAAAAUCCUUGUCUCGACUCUUUGACCCCAUCAAUCUUGUCUUCCCUCCUGGAGGUCGGAAUCCUCCUUCUUCUGACGAGCUUGACAGCAUCAUUAAAACCAUAGCCAGUGAGCUAAAUGUGGCUGCUGUUGAUCCAGACCUGAGUUUGGCCGUGGCAAAAAAUGUGGCAAAGACCAUUCAGCUUUAUGGUGUAAAGUCUGAGCAGCUUCUGUCUACUCAAGGAGAUGCCAGCCAGGUGAUUGGGCCACUCACAGAGGGACAGAGGAGGAAUGUGGCUGUAGUUAAUUCACUCUACAAACUGCACCAGUCAGUUCUGAAGGUCAUUACCAAUCAGAGUUCAUUUCCAGCAGCUGCUGAGCAAACUAUCACAACUGCCUUAAAGGCAGUCCAUGAUCUAAUGGGUAGUGCUGUUCAGCCGUUACUGAACUCUGUGGGAGAUUCAGUGGAAGCUAUUAUCAUCACUAUGCACCAGGAAGAUUUCUCUGGAUCAUUAUCCAGCUCAGGAAAACCAGAUGUCCCUUGUUCUCUCUACAUGAAAGAACUGCAGGGUUUUAUAGCAAGAGUCAUGAGCGACUACUUCAGACACUUUGAGUGUUUUGACUUUGUCUUUGAUAACACUGAAGCCAUGGCUCAAAGAGCAAUUGAACUUUUCCUUCGCAAUGCCAGUCUAAUAAGGCCCCUCGGCGAGGGUGGGAAGAUGCGACUCGCGGCCGAUUUUGCACAGAUGGAGUUGGCAGUAGCACCACUGUGUCGGAGAGUCUCUGACCUGGGGAGAUCCUACAGACAGCUCAGGUCGUUCAGACCACUGCUGUUCCAGACCAGUGAGCACAUUGCCAGUAGCCCAGCCCUGGGAGAAGUUAUUCCAUUCAGCAUUAUUCUUCAGUUCUUGUUUACAAGAGCACCACCAGAGCUAAAAUCACCCUUCCAGAGGGCUGAGUGGUCCAUCGCCCGCUACUCGCAGUGGCUUGAUGAUCACCCAUCAGAAAAGGACAGACUCGCUCUCAUACGUGGUGCCCUGGAAGCUUAUGUUCAGUCAGUCAGAACAAGAGACGAGAAGGAGUUUGCCCCAGUCUAUCCCAUCAUGGUUCAGCUGCUGCAGAAAGCCAUGUCAACCCUCCAGUGA